AACAAUACACUGAAACAGAGAAGAGAGUUUUUGAUUGGUUCGAUUCGAAAACAGAGAACACAGCUUUUGGAAAAAUGGAUAUGACUCAUCCUUCUUCUGUCCAAACUCAAGCAGAAGAACCAAUCAAAAUCAACCAUCCAGAGGAAGAAGAGCAUCAUGAGAGUGGAGCAUCAAAAAUGUUCAAGAGAGUGAAAGCAAGAGCCAAGAAGUUCAAGAACAGUCUUACUAAACAUGACAACGAGCAAGAUCACGAUGUUGACGAAGACGACGACGACGAAAUUGACGAGCCGGAAAAGCACGUCACACCAGUGCACGAAUCAUCCGCCAUGAGAGCCGGUGUACCGGAUAAACCUGAGCGUCUGAGACAUCCACGAGAAACUAAUGUUCCGGAACCGGAGGAGAUCGUUCCACCAAAGACAAAUGUUUCUCCUGUCGUGUCUUCCGAGCCCGUUGAGCCUGCAACAUUACGAGAUGCUACUUACGGACACGAAGCACUGGCUCACUCUGUAAGAACGACGGGUAAGUCGGACAGGGAAGAAGAGACAAGAAACGCACCAGCUCAUCCUGUAAGAAUGCCUGAUCUGCCGGAAAAAGAAGAAGAGAGCAGAGACACUCAUGUGCCUCUGCUUUCUGCAACAGAGGAUGUGACGAGCACUUUUGCUCCUGGUCAACGGGAAGUCAACGAUCUGAGUGUUGAAUCUGAUGAUCAGUCCAAGGGUACUCAUCACACUCGACGAGGAGGUGAAGAAGCUGGAGUAGCAGGGUUUGCUGAGUCUCUAGAAAGGAUGAAAUUAACUGAUGACGUGGAAUCGGAAUCUAGAAUCGAGAAAGAUUCGCCGACGAGAUUUGGAGGAGGAGAAUCAGGAGCUGAGGUGGGAAAAGAUAUUCCGGCGAGAAACGUCUAUGUUGAUCAGAAGAUCGAUUCUGGAAUCUACAAGGAUUCUUCGACGGACUUUGGCGGUGGAGCUGAGCUGAGGGAAGAUUUUCCGGUGAAAAAAAACGAUGAGUUUGAUCAGAAGAUCGAAUCUGGAAUUUACAAGGACUCCUCGACGGAAUUUGGCGGCAAAUCUGAGCUGAAGGAAGAUUUUCCGGUGAAAAAAAGCAAUGAGUUUGAUCAGAAGUACGAGUCUGGAAUCGGCAAGGAUUCGUCGGCGGGUUUUGGCAGUGAAUCUGAAACUGGGAUAAGGGAAGAUUUUCCGGCGAAAAGCCAUAAUGAGUUCGAUCAGAAGUUCGAAUCUGGAAUCGGAAAAGAUUCGCCGACGGGUUAUGGCGGCGAAUCUGAGCUGAGGGAAGAUUUUCCGGUGAAAAAAAGCAAUGAGUUUGAUCAGAAGUAUGAGUCUGGAAUCGGAAAGGAUAUGCUGGCGGGUUUUGGCAGUGUAUCUGAAACCGGGACGAGAGAAGAUUUCCCGGCGAAAAGCCAUAAUGAGUUUGAUCAGAAGAUCGAAUCUGCAAUCGGAAAGGAUUCGCCGACGGGUUUCGGCAGUGUAUCUGAAACCGGGACGAGGGAAGAUUUCCCGGCGAAAAGCCAUGAAUUCGAACAGACGGCCGGAUAUGGAAUCGGGAAAAAUACCGGCGGUGGAAAACCAGGAACUGAGCGAAGAGAAGAUUUUUUGGGGAAAAAAUAUGAAUUUGAAGAGGAGCUUGAAUCUGCAGUCGGCAAAGAUUCGCCGACGGGCUUUGCCGGAGAAUCAGAAACUGGGGUAGGGGAAGGAUUAGGUUUGAAGAAAGAUUAUGGAAUCGAGAAAGAUUCGGCGAAGGGAAGGCAUGGAUAUGGUGAGGAAUCAGGAGGUGGACAGGAGAAAUAUUCGAAAGUAGAGACUGGUUUGGGAAGAGAUUUACCGACAGGAACCAAUGAUCAGUUCUCACCUGAAUUUUCUGGUCCGAAAGAGACAGAUCAAUUCGAUUCGCAAGCUGAGCAGACAAGAGCAGAGCCAAAACCUAGUACCUACACAGAGAUGAUCGGUUCAGCGACUACGUUCGUUACCGAAAAAGCUGCAGCCACGAAGAACGCCGCCGCUUCGAGUCUAGGUUACUCCGGCGAAACCGCCGCCGGGAAACACGAGAGUCCCGUUGGUGAGAAGAUGACUCCUGAAGAUGAAAACGUUAAAGGGACUGGAUCGCCUUUGACGACGACGAAAUUGCCACUCUCCGGCGGCGGAAACGGAGCGGAGGAGACAAAGCAAGGUGUGUCGACUAGAGAUAAUCUGGCGGAGAGGCUGACACAUGAAGAAGAAGACAAAGCGUUUUCUGAGAUGGUCUCCGAGAAACUUAAUCUCGGAAGAGGAGAAGAAGAGAAGAAGAAGACAGCGACGACAAAGGAAGUAGAAGUGAAGGAGGAGAAGAAACUUUCCGACGAGGUAUCCGAGGAGAAAGAACACGGCGAGGCCGUUGAUGGAGGAGGAGGAAUGGUGGGGAAGAUUAAAGGAGCGUACAAUUAUUGGCUCGGUGGUUCUACGGAGGAGGUGAAGCCUAAAUCACCGGUUUCAGUUGAAGAGUCUUCUCAAUCACUUGGCUCCACCGUUGGGACUAAGGGGUUUCCUGAUUCCGGUGUAACUGGGUUGGGAGAAACCGGAAGUGGUACCGGAGCUGUGCCGGCGCAGAAGGGACUUUGAAGAAUCUGAGAAGUGAAAAAUUUGAGUUUCGCUAUUGAAUGUGUUUGAGUGUUUCUUGUUGAUGCUUUUGUUUUUGUGACUUUUGAUGUAUUUUUGAUUUAAUCUUUCUUUGUGUGAAAAAGGAUAAAAUGAUAUUUGGUUAAUAAAACAUUUGCUUUGGAUUAA